GUACUAGGUAUUUUUUUUUUAAUUUUGAAAAAUUUUCAUUCUAAUAUUUUCAAAAUAUAAUAUUAAUUACCUAAUAAAAAUCAUUUUAUACUGUGCAGUUAGUAUUACCCAUAAGUAUAUUUUAGUGCAGAUUUAAAUAUGUCUAUUGGUUAAAUAAGAGUUUAAUUUUAUUUCUUUUCUGACCUUGAUUGUGUUUGCUAAAAAUUUUAUUCUGAUUGCUGUGUAUAAUGUCAUCAGUAAAGGAGGUUUUCAAAAUUAGUUUUCAACUUUUGGCUCAACAAACAGAUAAUGUUAUCAAGGAUUUCUUGAGGCUCACCAAAGAUUUUAUGGAUAAUGGACCUAAUCUCAGUCUUUAUAACAAAGCUGCAGAAAAGUUGCAGAUUGACGAAGACAAAAUUAUAUCAAUCGUAAAAAGUAUAUGUCUCAUGUGUGUGCAAAGUUGUAAACAUAAACUAACUGAUAUGGAAAUAAAAGAAUCACUGACAGAAUAUGGUUUUAAUGAUACAAAAUUAGACAUGAUUAUAUUAUUUUAUGAAAAUCAAAAAUCCCAUUUACUAGAUAUUUUAUCAUCUAGUGCAUUUGUAUUCCCACACUUCAAAGAACUAGAGUGGCGAUAUGAAACUGAUAUGGGAUCAAGAUCUUUAUUACAUCAAACAGUACCAGUUGUUACAUUGAAAUUAGAUUUAGAAAAAAAAAAUAUUUUCGAAUCAUUAUUCCUGCAAACAGAUCCAUUAAACUUGGUUCACAUCAAAGAUACUCUAGAGGCUGCUUUGAAACAGAACCAAUCCCAAUGGAUACGGAAAAUACGUAGAAAAUUGAAAUGAAGUUUUUAAAACUUACCUUCACAAUAAAAUAAUAUGCAUAGAUGAUGACAAGCAAUGGUAAAUAGUAUGCGAAAAUUGCGUAUAUUAAUACAUAACUACGACUAUGCCACGUCAGAGUUAAAUAAUCAGUGCCACAUGCUGUCAUGUUUGCUUCUGGUACAUAUCUACAAAACACAUAAAUUUAAAUUAUCCUUUAAUUCAAUGUAUUUCAUGUAUUAUUAUUUUUUUUUAAUUUACCGGCUCCAUCCAAAAAAAGGGGUUAAAGUCCAGAAAAGUCCAUGCAGAUAUAUACAAAAUAUUUGUAAUAGCGCUAACUUGGUUGUCAUAGGUUUCGCAGAUAAUCCCUUAAACAUGCAAAUCGUAUUUUAUUUUUUAUAAGAGUUCACUCAAUAAAUGAUUUUAUAUAAUA